GCGAAGAAGAGUGCCUACGCCUUCCUGUGGGACAUGGCGGUGCUGGAGUACGCGGCGCUGACGGAUGACGACUGCACCGUCACGGUGGCGGGCAGCAGCGUGAGCAGCAAGGGCUACGGCAUCGCCAUGCAGCACGGCAGCCCCUACCGGGACCUCUUCUCCCAGAAGAUCCUGGAGCUUCAGGAGAAGGGGGACCUGGACAUCAUGAAGCAGAAGUGGUGGCCCCGCACGGGCCGCUGCGACCUCAGCAGCCACGGCGGCGCCGCCCACCCCGACGGCCGCGCCCUCCGGCUGCACAGCUUCGCCGGCGUGUUCUGCAUCCUGGCCGCCGGCCUGCUGCUGGCCUGCCUGGUGGCCGGGCUGGAGGCGUGGUGGAGCAGCAACCGCUGCCGCCAGGAGGCGCCCAAAGAGGUGACCGAGCACAGGGCCCGGCGGACGGGCCCGCGGGGGGAGGACACUGCCACACUCUACUUUAAGGAUCCAGCCGCAGACGCGAGCCCCGACUUAGUGGAGCUCCAGUACACCCAGCUGUAG